AUACUGGCUGUUGGCGAUUUUCGUUGUGUCGCGCGCGCGUGUGUGCCUCCUGUGUGUACAUACAUCUGUGCAUUUUGUGUUUAUAACUUAUAAUCGUAGGAUGCACGGGUUGUUGUAGCAGCUAAACAGUCGACAGAGCAACCAUCAGGGAUACAAUAAACACUAUAUACUUUUUACACAACAGCAGACGAGAGAGCUCCAAAAUUGCCGAAGUGUGUAUAUAUAUAUAUAUAUAUACACAUUGGAAAGCUGUGGGGGGCCUGACUGGCGCAUAUAAAAUGUGCAACACUUGUCGCUGACAUUGAGAGUGCGGCAUUGUGCACUUGUUCAGUUUCUCUCUCUGUGUCAUCAUCGGCUUGGGCCUCUUCAAAUCGGGACCAGUAUAUGGAAAAAUCGGCAGCAUAGUAGAGACGAUCAACGGCGACUGUGGUUAAUCCCGUUGAACGUGCCGCUGUCAAAGACCUUGGUGUUCCGGAGCGAGUGGCAAGGGGAAAGAGAAACGCGCUUCCUGGGGACAACGGAGAAUUCGUGACCCUGGGAGUGCCGGCAGCACGAGGAGGCGGAGGAAGAGGAGGCGGCACGGGCCCGCGGGAAAGAUGAUAAAGCUGGUGAUGGUGGUGUAGCUGCUCGUCGCGUGUGCCCGUCGUGGUCUGAUCUCACGUGCCGUACAAAUACGUACCCAGUGCUGACAGUGGCUGUGCUACUGCUGUUCGUUAUUGUUGUCGUCGUUGUUAUUGUUAUAGUUGUUUUCGUUGUUGUUGUUGUUGUUGUUGUUGUUGCUGCUGCUGCUGCUGCUACUGUUGUUGUAAUUGUCGGUGGCGCAACAAGCGUUGCCUUCGUUACCGCUGCUGUUGUUGGGCUUACCGAGGAUCGGGCGAGCCCGUCGCCGCCGUCGUCGUGGACUAGUCGUCGGUCUCCUCGCGAGUCGAGGGGGUGCAACGACCGGCCGCAACCAUGGCGUGCUGCCUGUCGGAAGAGGCCAAGGAGCAAAAGCGCAUCAACCAAGAAAUCGAGCGCCAGCUCAGGAGGGACAAGCGCGAUGCCAGGCGCGAGCUCAAACUCUUGCUGCUGGGUACCGGUGAGUCCGGCAAAUCGACGUUCAUCAAACAGAUGCGAAUUAUCCACGGCGCCGGUUACUCGGACGAGGAUAAGAAGGGCUUCAUAAAACUGGUCUACCAAAAUAUCUUCAUGGCCAUGCAGUCCAUGAUCCGAGCGAUGGAUCUCCUAAAUAUUUCGUACGCGGACUCGUCAUGUAUAGAAAAAGCCGAACUCGUGAGGUCCAUCGACUUCGAAACGGUCACGGCGUUCGAGGAGCCUUACGUGCAGGCGAUAAAAGAUCUUUGGGCGGACUCCGGAAUACAGGAGUGCUACGAUCGCAGACGAGAGUACCAGCUCACAGAUUCUGCCAAAUAUUACCUGAUGGAGAUAGACCGGGUUGCGGCGCCAAACUACCUCCCGACAGAACAGGACAUUCUGCGUGUAAGAGUGCCCACAACCGGUAUAAUCGAAUAUCCCUUUGACUUGGAAGAAAUACGAUUUAGUUAUAUUAGUGAUAUAGAUCGCAUCGAAAAACCCGAGUACCUUCCUAGUGAGCAAGAUAUUCUGCGAGCUCGAGUUCCUACAACCGGAAUUUUAGAGUAUCCGUUUGAUCUGGACGGCAUCAUAUUUAGGAUGGUAGAUGUCGGUGGCCAGCGAUCGGAGAGAAGAAAAUGGAUUCACUGUUUCGAGAACGUCACUUCCAUUAUAUUUUUAGUAGCAUUAAGUGAAUACGAUCAAAUUCUGUUUGAGUCGGAAAACGAGAAUCGAAUGGAAGAAAGUAAGGCAUUGUUCAAGACGAUCAUAACAUAUCCCUGGUUUCAACACUCGUCGGUGAUUCUGUUCUUGAAUAAAAAAGAUCUGUUGGAAGAAAAGAUCAUGUACUCACAUCUAGUAGAUUAUUUUCCAGAGUAUGAUGGUCCUCAAAGGGACCCAUCCGCAGCAAGGGAGUUUAUCCUCAGGAUGUUCGUGGACCUCAAUCCGGACAGUGAAAAGAUUAUCUAUUCUCACUUUACGUGCGCCACAGACACUGAGAACAUUAGAUUCGUAUUCGCCGCAGUCAAGGACACAAUACUACAGUCGAACCUGAAGGAAUACAAUUUGGUGUAAGUUGUCAGAGCCUGCUCUCCCCAUCGUCUCUUUUCGCCCCGCAUCGAACGCUGAGAUGCAAAGUAUUCAUUGACAAACAAUCGUACAAGAAUAACACGUCAGCAGCAAAGCUAGCGAAUUGUUCAUUAAAGGGGGCACAUACGAACGGGGUAGGUUGUACGGGACCAGCGGAGAGCGCCCCGCUAAGCAGCAGCAGCAGCAGUUGAUACCCCUAUAGCGCAGAAGAAAAUAAAAAUAAGGAAUUAAAAAAUAAAAUAAAAUAAAUAAUGCAAACCGUCAGUCGUCGACUCUCGAUGCGAAUAAAGUCGCGAUUUCACACGCACAACAGUCUUAUUUACAAAAAUUCUGAUGAUUAUUAAUUUAACUACAACCGUCCGUCGCGCUGUUUUCUCUCUUUCUCAU